AUGAAUAGUUCCCCACAGGCGGAAGUGUUUGAAGUACCAGCAGAAGUGUUUGAAGCUGCAUAUUGGCUAAGAGUUCAAAGCAACUCUUUGAAGCAAACAAAGGCUUUAGUGUCAGAACUAUCUCUGCAAUUUUAUAAACUUGGAUGGCUUUCAGGUACUGGAGGUAGUGUAACCCUGAAAGUCCAUGAGCAUAAUGUCCCCAAACAGAAUCAAUUCAUAGUCAUGUCUCCUUCAGGUGUACAGAAGGAUAGGAUGUCGCCAGAGGACAUGUAUGUUCUUUCUUCUAGUGGAUCUAUUUUUUCUCCACCUCCUACCAAGUCAUAUCCUAACAACCCUCCAAAAUGUACUGACUGUGCUCCUCUAUUUCUCAAGGUUUAUGAAAUGUGUAAUGCAGGAGCUGUGAUUCACAGUCAUGGAUUGGAUGCUUGCCUUGUGACAAUGAUUAAUUCUUCAUCGAACGAGUUCCGUAUCAGAAACAUGGAGAUGAUAAAGGGUAUUCAAGGGCAUGGUUACCAUGAUGAGCUUGUUGUGCCAAUAAUUGAGAAUGCUCCCAGUGAGGAGAAGCUUGUGGAGUCACUUACGAAAGCGAUCAGAGGUUAUCCAAAGUCAACUGCAGUACUCGUUCGCAGGCAUGGUGUGUUCAUAUGGGGAGACACCUGGAUUAGUGCCAAAACCCAGGCUGAAUGCUACCACUAUCUCUUUGCUGCUGCUAUUAAGCUUCAUCAGUUGGGUCUGCCCUAUUGA